AAAGAUUCAGAAACAUGACAGAUGAAUGAGCUCAUCGUUGUACAUGUGAUAAUAUACUGGCAAAAUGUCGUUGGCUGUGUCCAUGGCUGAGCUCCAACCCACGGGGCCUUGGUUACAGUUAAUGUGCACACAGCCAGGCACCUGACAUGAUUUGUCAUGGAUAAGUGUGGAGGUGAGCAGGAGUACACGUCUCUGGUCUGUUGGGGUAGUGGAGAGUUUGGUCAGCAUUCCCACGGACACGGAGAAGAUGUGGGGUUUGGGGCAGGCACUGUCCAGCAGUUCCUCUCAGCUGAUUGGUCAGAUCAAGUCAGGCUAACAGCCUGUGGAGCCAGUCAUACCGUCGCUGUUACAAAUUCCAAUGAUUUGUACGUCUGGGGAAAUGGUAACAGCGGGCAAUUGGGUUGUGGUUCUUCGGGGACAAAAUGGAAGCCACAGAAAGUUGAUCUCUCCUCGCUGAGCCCCUCACCCCUCCACAUCGAGGGCAUUUCCUGUGGGGGUCGCCAUACCGUGAUCUGGACGAAAGACGGCAGUGCUAUCGGGUUUGGAAACAAUAUUUAUGCUCAGCUAGGACAUACUAGUGAUGAUCAAAAGAAAGAAAAUCAGUGGACACCACACCUUCUAGACUUCCUCCCUAAGACUGUAAGACAGGUAGCCUGUGGGGACAAGCACACAGUCUUCCUCCUGGAAGGGGGAAAGGUUGCAUGUCUUGGGAAUAACCACCAUGGUCAGAUUGGGAGCCAUGAACAGAAAGAGGCAACCUUGCCAAGAUUUGUGGAUUUGAAUGAGCCAAUCAAACAAGUAGCAUCUGGAGCCAAUCACAGUCUUGCUCUUACUGUGUCCGGAGAACUGUAUGUGUGGGGCUAUGGCAAGGCUUGUCAUGGCAACUCUGCUAAGGACAUCUUACAACCUGAAAAGUUAACAGUUUCUUCCCCUGUCCACCAGGUGGCUGCUGGAAGUACUCACUGUCUGCUAGUAACAGUUUCAGGUGAUGUGUUCAGCUGGGGAGAUGGCAGUGACGGACAGCUCGGACAUGGGGAGGCAGUCAGUUCGCUAUUCAAGCCCACACUUCUCACAUGUGACAGACUGAAGGGGUGUGUUGUGGGUGUGGCCUGUGGAGAAUCCCUGUCAGCUGCCAUAACAGAUGGAGCAGAGCUGUUUCUGUGGGGUAGGAACAGCCACACCAUCCAGCCAGACCUCCCCUCAUCAUAUAAGCUGUUUGAACCUGUCUCUGUUAGCGGGCAUGGAAUAUGUGUGAGGUCAGUCGCUUGUGGAGCGUGGCAUGCCAGUGCCAUUGUAACUAUACCAGAGUCAGAGAUCACAGCAAGUGUUGAGAAGGUUGCUGAAAAAGAAGAAAGUUUGAUACGAUCUGAUAAUGAUGCCAAGAUGGAGAUCAGCAGCUGUGAGACCCAGAUUGGUGAUCUUUCUGAAAAGAGAGCAGAGGAAACAAUCCAAGAAACAACCAGAGUACCACAGACAAGGGAGGACUGGGAUGAAACCCACAGGGAAGAAGUCAUUUCACAGAGUCCAAGAGGAAUGUUUGAUUUUUCAAAACAGAUCAAGCUGCCUUGUUUACCACAGUUGGAAGGAUCUAAACGACCAGUAUUACCCAAGCGUCAUAUGAUUGUGCCCAGCACUGCUUCACACAUGGCUAACAGUGCUGACGAAGAAGCAAGCAGAGCAUUUCCUCAUUUGGGGCAGGGGCGCAAUGUACCAAUGGAGAAAGCAUUCCCUAUGGGCCACAAAUAUAACCAAGGAAAAGUACAAGAUGACAAUAAAAAUAAUUGUGAAACCUCAGAGGGUAUGAGUUUUAAAGCUGUACCUGCCAUAACAAGCUUUCCAAAAAUGGCUGGGAAAGAUUCUCCACUCAGAAGGUCUAAAACUUUGUACACUGAAGGACAGAAUUCUGCCCUUACAAACAGUUCAAGAUCUCUGUUCCCAGGCCCUGAGCCAUACUCAGUCCAUGUGAGCAGGUCUACUGCUGCCAAGUUUGCACUGCCCAAAGAGAGCACUUUUGUGUCCAAUAAAACUGUUGGGUUUGUUCCGUUAGAGCACCUUGCAGAAAGUGUAACUUGGCGCCGUGACUCGGACACGGACAGAGACAGCUUCUCCUGGAUUAACAGACAUAACUCAACUAAUGUCCAGUCAAAUUAUAUACACAAGGGUCAUUUUCCUACCAGACAGUCUAGAUUCUCAAGUGCCAAGAAGUUUGCUCCUGCUAAAAAUGUGCAUGGCUUUUCACGACAUCACACUACCCUAGGGGUAAAAAAUGGAGAAGAGAUGAACUAUGUGAGAAAUCAGCGCCUAAAACUGUCUGGAGGGUCUCCGGAUCAUCCUAGCUCCCCUGAUAGAAGGUCCACGCACUUUUGGGACAACAAACGUGAAUCACCAGACCCCCUAGCCAGUCUGAACUCUCCCUGGAAAGGUUUCACAAGGCAACAAAUUGCAAACAGGGAAUGGGACAGAAACGCUUACUGGAAGUGGCACACCGUCCCAGAUCUCAAGCCGCUGGACCGUAAUAUGCGCAACGUAAAUAAUCUCAAAUCGGGCUAUAAAAGUGUAAGCAACGCGCGUCGUAAAAAGAAAAUGGAAUUGCCACAGAAAUCAACAUUGUUUGAGAACUUUGCUAACGAAGAUGGAUCAAAACUAGGUGCAGCGUUGGCAGCCCGACAACAGUCAUUCAUUCUCCUCUCAAGCACCCAACAUUAAGUUUCAGUAUUAACAUAUUGUCGAAUGAGUAUAUGCAAAAAUGGCAAAGCACCGUCAACCCCGUUAUCACAAGUAAACAUUAUAUUAGGGUGACAUUGAUUAAGAAA